AUUUAUUUCUUUACCGGAAGUUAGACCCAGCGUCCAAUUUCGUUCCACGGCACAUCCGCUGAGCAACAGCACAGCAGAAGUACAUUUUUGUCUUUUUUGUAUUUCUGAGCACAGCAGUAAACAUUUUAAUCAACUCCUACAUCUUUCCUACAUCGGCAUCAGUUACUCUAAUGACAUCUGGUGUCCCAAAGGGUGAGAACUGCCUUGUAGACAUGGACUCCAAGGCAGGGGAUCUCUUCAGUGCUGAGCCAGCCGACGCUGCUGGAUCCGGAGGUGUCGUGGGAAACCUACCACUAAAGGAACUAGAUGGUUUACCACCCUGGCUUUCUGCCUUGCCUCACAGGCUGUGGCUGCCCAAAGGCCUCUCGGCCAGUGUGGCCAAGGAGUGGUUUGAUCGUCGCCGUGCGUCAAUCCGUCCCUGGGCUGGUUUCGUGGAUCAUAGGAAGUUCACCAAGCCCCGCAACUUUGGUGAACUGUGCCAGAGGGUGGUGCGCAAUUUUGACACCUACAACAGCAACUACACCUUCAUCUUCCUCGGCCUCAUCCUCUACUGCAUUAUCAGCUCUCCCAUGCUGUUGAUUGCUUUGGCAGUGUUUGUUGGUGCCUUCUACAUCAUCCACCUCAAGUCCCUGGAGUCUAAACUGGUUGUCUUUGGAAAAGAGGUGACCGGACCUCACCAAUUGGGUCUGGCUGGGGCGGUCUCUUUACCUGUGUUCUGGUUGGCUGGUGCAGGAGCUGCAGUGUUUUGGGUCCUGGGAGCGACGAUGUUUGUGAUUGGCUCUCACGCUGCCUUCCGAGAGCUGGAGGUCGGAUCGGAAAUGGAGGAGCUCUUCAUGGAGCCUGUGUGAAGGCAUAGCGAUAGAGGAAUCUUUAUAUCUGUGCCAUUAUAGCAUCUGUGAGCAUUGGCAGUGCCAUUGAGGCUACAACCCAUAGGGAAUCCCCACACGGGUCAUUACUUUAAAAUGGCAGAAGCAUGGUGGAAGCCCUCAAUGGUGCUGCCCAUGCUAAAGCAGCCUUUUGGCCACUAGAGGCCUCUAUCUUUCUCUGUGUGAACCCUCAACACUCACCUUUGACCUUUCAUAAUAUAACACAGAAUGCACCUUCUCUUGCCUCUGAAGUGAUUUGCUGUUACUGACCCUCUACAACUCUUUUAAAACCACAAUAAUACUCAAUUUAGACAUAUGUGGAUUGACUGUCAUACACACAGAGUGACUGAGAUGUUCAUAUACCUCAGCACAUACUUCAUACUGUAUGUCUUUUCCAAAUGUGACUGAUACCUCUCGAUUUGUGUUUAAUACACAUUUCUUCCCGUGAAGUAUCAGUCAGCCCUUUGUUUAAUGCCUCUGUACCUUCUGUUUAAUGUUACCUUGUGGAUAUCUAAUAAUACAAAAUGUCAACUCAAGACCUGACAUGUUACAAAGAGCUUUAACAUCGCCACAGUAAUAAUUCAGAUUAAAAAAUAAAAAAUAAUCCUAUAUAGCUGAUGUUGAAUGAGUCCACAGUGAGCACAUGAGCAACUGGAUGAGGCAAGUGUCAUCAAAUCGCCAAUGCUUCUCUGACUGGGGAAGAAGUGCCAUUUGCAGCUUUACAAUGUAUUUAUCCAACUAGAAGAAAUGGUUGUUUUAGACAAAUUGCAUUUACUUUAAAGCAAUGAUAGUGGAUAUUCCAGAUACCGAAUGGGGAUAAAGCAUUAUGUAUAAAUCCUGCUUUUAGUUGUAUGCAGGCAUGUGGUGCAGUGUUGUUGGGUCCUUUUUCAUAAUUUAUUAGCUCUGCUUUUAUUACUUUGAGAAUUUAAAUGUCAAUAUUAUUUUUUUAAUAUAUAUUUCAUACUUGUCAUGCUAUCUUUUUGCUAUUUUAAUUUUUUUUUUUUAAUGACAAUUGGGAAGUGCAAUAAACUAUCCUACCUGUAAGAAGAUAUUGUCUUGCGUCCGAUUGUGAGUGUGUUUGUGACCAAAUACUUAUUUUCCACCAUAAUUUGCAAAUAAAUCCUACAAUGUGA